AUGCUUGGAGAAGAAAGCCGAGAUAUUCCCAAGAAGAUCCAGAAGUACGAGCAUUUCCUGAACGAAGUGCUCAAAGUACAGUUGAGGCAUCUGAUCGAGGAGCGAAGAAAAGUUUCUGAAGACAUCGCGGAUCUCAAAACACUUCAGGAUACGUUUCGCGCCUUUAGAAUCAACGAAUGCGGGAAAUUGAAAACGUUAACUGACAUAGGCGGUGGGUUUUUCAUGCGCGCCGUUGUGUCACGUACCGACAGAGUGUUAAUCGAUGUCGGGUCAAAGUUCUUCGUCGAGCUGACCUUGGACGAAGCCGACAAGGUUGUGGAGGAAAAACUGGGUCUUUUGGAAGCCAAAAGUGAUCAGUUCCGAAAACGUGCCUGUGAAGUUCAAGCCGAUAUUGAAACUGUGUUGGCGGGUUUGCGUGAGCUGCAGAAAAUCAAGCCUGGAUUGAAAGAUGAGUCUGUGAAACGGGCAGCUGAUAUUUGGUGA